GAAUAAUUUCCAUCAGGGUCUUUUGCAUUCGUUUGUUCGUCAUUUCGAUCAAUGGUCCCGUUUGAUUGACAUGAAUGAUAUUAUCAAAAGAUUGGAACCCAUUAGGCAACGACUUAAUGGAAUCAGAUGGGCUAGAGACAGUAGCCAAGCUAGGUCACAGGUUGAAAAACUGCAACUAGAUCUUCAAUCACUUCCAAACCAAAUUUUGUCAGAUGUUGAGUUGGCUUUGUUGCAAGCACAGGAAAAAAUGCUACAAUUCUUAAGUCGCUACAUUUCCUAUGGUCGCUAUUUGGGAGAAGCAAUCAACAACAAUGACCAAAUGCAGGUAUUGUUCGAUGUUGGCAAUGGACAAGUGAUGGCCCUAGCCGUCAGUCAGCAACUUUACCAUCAAACUUUUGCGUGGGACAAAAGAAAUGUUCGUGGUGUAAUCACCAUUUUUUUCAUGACCGAAAAGGAAUACCUUAAACGAAAAACAAGCAAACUGUUCUAAUGGUUUUCACAAAAUGAAUAAUGUCACUCACAUACGACUA